AUGUCUCGCCAUCACCCCGAUCUUGUCAUGUGCCGCAAGCAGUCCGGCAUCGCCAUCGGCCGGCUCUGCGACAAGUGCGACGGCAAAUGCCCGGUCUGCGAUUCCUACGUCCGUCCGACGACUCUUGUGCGCAUCUGUGAUGAGUGCAGCUUUGGUAACUUCCAGAACAAGUGUGUUGUCUGCGGUGGAGAGGGUAUCUCGGAUGCAUUCUACUGUUUCGAGUGCACUCGACUCGAGAAGGAUAGAGACGGCUGUCCAAAGAUUAUCAAUCUUGGCAGUUCAAGAACAGAUCUAUUCUACCAAAAGAAAACAAAUAGGACGUACUAG